AUGACUGUGCUGUGUUCCAGUGGCUGGGGGCCAGGAGCUGGGCUGUGUGGCUGGAGCAAGCCGGACCUGCUGGACUAUGCACCCCCGGGGCUGGCCUGCCCCCCUGAAUGCACUGGCCGGCGGGUUACCAGAGCAGGAGGCGCGGCAUGGUGAGCACCUUCAAGAUAGCCAUCCUCGGGGCACAGGGGGUGGGCAAGACCGCCAUCGUGCGGCAGUUCCUCUUCAACGAGUACAAUGAGGCCUACCUGCCCAGCAAGACCCGACGCGUCUACCUGCCUGCCGCCGUCCUGAACGAGCACGCGCACAACCUGCAGAUCAUGGACUUCCCGCCUAUCGCGUCAUUUCCUGUCAACACACUCCAGGAAUGGGCUGAUGCCCGGUGCAGGGGGGUCCACAGUGCACACGCCUACAUCCUCGUCUACGAUAUCUGCUGUUUCGACAGUUUUGAGUACAUCAAGACCAUUCGACAACAGAUAUUACAAACCAGGAUGAUCGAGACGCCCAUCAUCAUCGUGGGGAACAAGCGUGACCUGCAGAAUGGGCGUGUCAUCCCCCGGAGGAACGUGUCCAACCUGGUGAAGAAGAGCUGGAAGUGCGGCUAUGUCGAGUGCUCUGCCAAGUACAACUGGCACGUGCUGCUGCUGUUCCGCGAGGUCCUCCAGAGCAUGGGCUGUGCCCGCUGCAAACACGUGCACGCUGCCAUCUGCUUCCAGGGAGCGCUGCGCCGAGACCGCUGCAGCCUCAUGUGAGCCCUGCCCCCCCCAGCAGGACUCGCCCUGGCGGUCAUGGGCACGAGAAGAGUGACGUCUCGGCCACUUCACGUGUGACCCGCGCCUCCUUUAGAAAUUCACAAUGGACUAAAUGAAGCCCGGUCAUGAAUAGAAAUCACACAUCCAGUUAUGGCCAAAAGUUUUGCAUCACCUUAUAGAAUUAACAAAUUUAGCUUCAUAAAGUCGGAUGAAACCUGCUGAAUAAUGUUACGUUAACAUGAAUUACAUACCGCUUUGGAGUUUGACAUGUAAAAACUGAAGGAAAGGGGGAAAAAAGUGACAUUUCAAAAUCUAAUAUUAUGGCUUCCAGUAGAUGUUUGCAA